GCCUUUCCUCUUUCUGAAUCGAGGCCCGGCUCGCGUCGUUCCAACAACCGGCGGGGAGGACAACAUUUGUGAAUUUUGAUACCUUUCACCACGGUUUAUUCGUUUGAAAUUUUAAUUAGUUAUAAAAUAUUUUUAUGAUGUAGAAUAAUUAUAUAUUUUAUGUUGGGUUGAGUUUUUACUUAAAAAUAUCGCCAACCCGACCCAACCCAAUUAGAAACAAACCGUAGGGUUUAAAUUUUUUUUGCGUGAGUUUGGGUUUGAUAUUUUCCAAACCGUAGUGCAUGGGUUGGGUGAUAAAAUGGCUAAACCCGGACCACCCUACACUCCUAAUACAUAGUACAAAGAGAAGAAAAUCUUUCACAUGGCGCCCACGUAUCGGAAUUUAAAAGUGAACUAAUGAUGAAGCAUAUGCAUGUCAGCUGAAAAAGAAAGGAACGGCCCUACUAACUGCAAUCCAUCAUCUUGCUUCUCCAAGUGGUGGUUUGUUGCACAGUUGCACUCCCCCAAAAUGGAACAACAACUACUACUACUACAUCUUCCACCACUUCCUCCGGCCGCCGCCGGCCGCCGUCUUGGCCUUGUUUUGGGCUGCUUGGUCCUCCUAUUAGCCACCAUUCCUUGCAAUCAUUGUCACCGGCAUUUCCCGGUAUCGGCGGAGGAAGGUGGGAAUGUGAACCGCAGCAGUUUUCCGGCGGGCUUCGUGUUCGGAGCUGGCUCAAGUGCUUACCAGUACGAAGGCGCAGCAAAUGUUGACGGGAGGGGCCCAAGUAUCUGGGAUGUUUUCACUAACAAAUACCCAGGAAGGAUAGAUGACGGCAACAAUGGCGACAGAGGAGUGGAUUUCUAUUAUCGCUAUAAGGAAGACAUCAAACUCAUAAAGGAUGUGAAUAUGAAUGGUUUCAGAAUCUCCAUCUCAUGGUCUAGAAUAUUACCAACUGGAAGGAUUAGUGGAGGAGUGAAUGAGAAAGGGAUCAUGUUCUAUCACAACCUUAUCGACGAGCUUCUUUCAAACGGUAUUGAGCCUUUUGUGACAAUCUACCACUUUGAUCUUCCCCAAGCUCUGGAAGAAGAGUACGGUGGCUUCUUAAGCCCGCGCAUUGUUGACGAUUACAAAGAAUUUGCAGAGCUGUGUUUCAGAGAGUACGGUGGGAAAGUGAAGAAGUGGAUCACAAUCAACGAGCCAUGGACGAUCAGCAUCUUCGGAUACGAACAGGGGAUUUUCGCCCCGGGCCGAUGCUCCAACUGGGUCGACCCGGCCUGCCAGGCCGGAGACUCUGCUACUGAACCUUACAUUGUUUCCCACCAUGUCCUCCUUUCUCAUGCCUCUGCCGUCAAUCUUUACCGCAAAAAAUUUCAGAAGCGGCAAAAUGGGGAGAUCGGGAUAGUGCUGAAUUGUUUCUGGAUGUUGCCUUACUCGAACUCCACAGUCGAUAAGGCGGCGGCAGAAAGAGCUGUCGAUUUCGUCUUUGGCUGGCAUAUGGAACCCAUAACCUACGGGAGGUAUCCCAAGUCCAUGGAAGCAAACGUUGGGGAGAGACUGCCAAAUUUCACCAAGGAACAAUCGUUGAGCUUGAUUGGAUCCUAUGAUUUUGUUGGGGUUAACUACUAUUCUUCAUUUUAUGCUAUAGAAAGCAAGAUGGCCGACAAAACUAGGCUUAGAUAUCAGACGGAUUCCCUAACCGAAUGGAAGUCGGAGAAAGAUGGUAUUCCGAUUGGACCUCACGGUGCAUUGUUUUGGCUGAAUGUGUAUCCACAAGGAAUUCGCGACGUCAUGAACCAUGUCAAACGCAAAUACAACAAUCCACCUACGUAUAUAACCGAAAACGGGCUUGACGAAGAGGCAGAAGGAAUUACAGUGGAAGAAUCCCUCCAUGAUCCGAAGCGAACACAAUACAUCAAGACCCAUCUUCUGCAACUUCAGAAAGCCAUCAACGAGGACGGGGCAAACGUAAGAGGGUAUUUUGCGUGGUCGUUUCUUGACAACUACGAGUGGUGUAAUGGCUACGCGGUGAGGUUCGGGCUUCACUAUGUUGAUUAUCAGAAUGGGAUGAGACGUGUCCCGAAGCACUCUGCCAACUGGUUUGCAGACUUCCUCCUCCAUUCCAACCACAGUACCGCCGCCGCCGCCGACCGUCAUCUCCGCCUCACGCAGCCUCAGGGAUCCUCGUGCUCUUCCUAGCUUGUCAUUCCGAUGUAUGUUUGGAAGCCCAACCGGUCUCAAAUAUUUCAGAAAGGAGGGAGGAAAUGGGCGGCCGGCGAGGGUUUAUCAACCAAAAUGGGAAGAAUUACACUCUUUGUUUACAACCCCCGGCUAUAUAAUUAGUACAUGAAAUUAAAAAAAAACAAAACAAAACAUUACAAUUAACAAAUAUAUCCCUAAACUAUAAACAUGUCCUCUCAGCAACAUCCUACUACAACACUCCAUGCAUGCUCGUGUUAGAAACACACUUCUUGAACUUCUUUAUCGUUUAAUUUAUGUUUGGGUGACUUCGGGUAUUAUUUGGUGGUUUUUGGGCAUAUUUAAGUUUAGUUAUUUGAUAAUUUCUGUUAGAAGAUAUAAGUUUGGUAGUUAGUGUGAAUUAUUCGGGUUAUAUAUUAGGUAAUUAGUUGGUACUUUCUCAUUAAACAAAUAAUGAACAUAAUUCACCAAACGCUAAUUUCUCUAUUUCGACCAAACCCUCCUCCUCUCUUCCUCAAGCUCGCCAUCGGCCACCGCCCGGCCAGCCGGUUUCCUCCCUCUCCGACAACUCUCUUCCCCAAUUCCCUGUUCUCAAUCUCUAAUCUAUCUUUAAUUCUCUAUCGAUCCUGAUCUCAGAACUCUAGACAAAAGACACCAAGAUCUGAGGUUACUUACAGUGGUAACAAAGUCUGAUUGACGUAUGAGUUAGCAGAAGAAGCGCGAUGGAACAACCACCGUAGAAGAAGUAGCGGGAUAUCGAGACCGUGCAGCACAUCACUCACAGUGAGGGUCUCCAAGAGAAGCUGAAGACAAUGGAGGAUCACCAAAUCAACAUUUAUGUGCAUAUGGGAGAGGUGAACGAGACUCUCUAGGAGAUAGCAAUAAGGAACAACACGAGCUAAGAUCGUUGAUGGAGAUGAUGAAGAUGGAGUUGGCAUCGUAGGGGCUACUUGCGAUGCCGGAGAAGACGACAGAGACGACAUUGGAGGCAAGGACAACGUUGAACAUGGUAAUCGAGUUGGCGGCCAACAAACCGGGGUAAACGCAGGGAAUGAAGGCCGGAGCUGAAGCUGAGGCGACCGGGGGCUCGACCUAGGUCACGAACCGAGACAACAUGUGGCAAGCACAAGAGUGGCGACAAUGGAACCCUUCCGCCGAGAGGGAUGGUGCGUGCGGGCCAGGGUUUGGUCUGGCCAAACCCUGCUACGGGACUAUUACCCACACCUAUGGCCUAGGAGGUCGCAAUGCUGCGUGAAAAGACCAAGAUGUCCGGCUACGACUCGGUGGGCUGGGAGAUUGGCUUUGGGCCACUGGGCCCAAAAGUUGGAAAGGAAAAUCAUAUAUUGGGUGGACAUGGCCCGAGUUACAUGCGGAUCGACUGGGCAAGAGGGCGGAAGAGAUGAGCCUGACAUAUCAGAGCAAGGAAUGGGCCGAGUUUGACCCAAGAAGUGGGUCGCUGGGCCGAGAUUACCAUCCAACUAGAUGAGUAUAGGUUGAAGUGGAGCUUACCGAAGCAGGCAGACUAGGAUUGGAUGGACUAGACAGGGUCGAACAGAAUCGGGCCUAUUCGGGCCAGAGUCAAAUUGGAAGAACCCAAAUUAACCUAAAACGGGGGUGAUUCAGACCGAAUGAGCCAGUGGAAGAGUAUGUGUGGCGCUUCUGAAACUGUGUACCCGCCUCUGACAACACCAAAAGCUUACCAGCAUCGCUCAGACAGACAGUGGGAGGUGGGUCAAGGAUCUGGAGCUGGGGAAGGAGGAAUGAGUGAUGGGAAUUCGAUAUUCAGCCUAUGAGGAGGUAGGACCGGUGCAGUAGAGAGGAAGGUCUUUGGGGCCGUCACGACAUUGGCAAGUCAUCGCUUAUAAAUCUAUGUAUGAGGG